AUGUAUCUCAAAGCACAAUAUGGCGAUGGUUACCACUUGAUUGUGGUGUAUAAAAAUCUAUCUGUUCUUCCGGAAAAACAAGUGAAAUCUACGUUAGAUUUACUGCAACAACACGUGAGCGAUGUACGACUUCAGUCAUUUGUUGGUCAGGAAGCUACAUUCCUCAUUUCUGCUAAAUGCAAAUCUCAGUUCUCAAAAAUGUUCGCUAAUCUCGAAGAGAUUCAAGCCGACCUUGGCAUUUCCUCAUUUGGAAUGUCCGUAACAACAAUGGAGGAGGUAUUCUUGAAAGUCGGUAUUUUGGCGCAAGAACGUUUCAACCAGGAAAACGCGGACGAUGCAGUAGAAACUACCGAGUUGGACGAAAAUGAUCCUGUUCUUCAAAAACUGAAAGUAACUAGACGUCUUAGCGGCAUACCGUAUUAUUGGCAACAUGCCGAAGCGAUGUUCAUCAAAAGAACCAUAUAUUUCUAUCGGAAAUGGAUUAUGUUUAUGCUCACCUUAUGGUUCCCUAUCAUAUAUAUGGCACUGAUGGUAUGGACCACAACUAUGGUGCCGGGACCAAAAGAGCAGCCAAGUUUGAAAAUUGACUUGACACCUUUUGGUGGGUCAAGCGGGGAUGCGUUUGUGCUCAUUUCAAACAUGACGGAUACGCGCUUUGCAGAUGGCACAGAUUUAAGACAGCUUCUUCGUCCAAUAAUUGCCCAACUUGGAGCACCAUCAAAUGUUUUUGUGGACACCAUACAAGAAGUUGGAUCCUAUGUCCUCGACCUGAUUCCACGCGUAAGAUCCUUAUAAUU